AUGAACGGCGGCGGUGGCGUCUCCGCGCCUCAGAGUGGCAGACUGAAGAUCGGCACAGUGGCAAACGAGUGGUGUCAAGAGGAUUGUUUGACUCUUCUGGAGAGAAUUCGCAGCCUGCUUCCUGACGGCGACGCCAUGAAGUACAAAACUACAGAGUCGCACUUCGACUGGGACAAAGUGGGCUUCGGUAGCUUCACGGGGGAAAUGUGCCGCCAGAAGUGGAGCAAAGUGUCCACCGAGGUGCGCAAGUACAGAACCAUGACGGAGCUCAUCAUGGAUGCCAUCGAGUUUGUCAAAAAUCCUUACAAAGGCAAGAAGAUCAAGACGCACCCAGAUUUUCCCAAGAAGCCCUUGACGCCAUACUUCCGCUUUUUCAUGGAGAAGCGAGCCAAGUAUGCCAAAAUCCACCCGGAAAUGAGCAACUUGGACCUGACCAAGAUUCUGUCUAAGAAGUACAAGGAGCUUCCUGACAAGAAAAAGCAAAAAUACGUGGCCGAAUUCCAGAGCGAGAAAGAAGCUUUUGAGAAGAAUAUGGCCCGAUUCAAACACGAUCACCCCGAGCUGAUGGAGGAGAGGAAAAAGUCUGACCUGCCCGAGAAACCCAAAACUCCCCAGCAGCUUUGGUACAACCACGAGAAGAAGAGCUACCUGAAGAUCCACCCCGAGGUGAGUCAGAAGGAGCUGAAGGAGGUCUUGAGGAGACAAUGGUCGCAGCUGUCAGACAAGAGGAGACUAAAGUGGAUCAGCAAAGCGCUGGAGCUGCAGAAAGACUACGAGGACAGCAUGCGGGCCUAUCACCAAGCUCACCCAGACGUCGGCUCUGAAGAUCACGUGCGCUCCGUCCUCACCAAAGCGGAACGGCAACUCAAGGACAAGUUUGAUGGGCGGCCAACCAAACCUCCACCUAACGGCUACUCGUUGUACUGCGCCGAGCUUAUGGUCAACAUGAAGGACGUCCCUAGUACGGAGCGCAUGGUUCUAUGCAGCAAACGCUGGAAAAUGAUGACGCAGAAGGAGAAGGACAUGUUUCAGAAGCGCUGCGAGCAGAGGAAGAAGCAGUACGACGUGGAUCUACAGCGCUUCCUCGAGAGCCUUCCUGAAGAAGAGCGAGACCGUGUGGUGACUGAGGAGAAGCUGGGUGGAGCCCGAGUUCCGUCGUGCGCAGUCUCCAGUCCGCACAGAGCCAAAUCGCCACCAGUCAAGCUCCAAAAAAACGAGGAGCCUGAACUUUGGGCUCCCCAGGGCGCCAGGGAGCGGCGCGACCCCAAGAAGAGCGGCAAACUUCCCGACACACCCAAAACAGCAGAGGAGAUGUGGCAACACAGCGUCGCCGCCGACUUUCUGAGUAAAUGCAGAAGCGACCGGCGGAGAGCGCAGGUGGCCAUGGAGGAUGCAUGGAAGGCUAUGGAGAAGAAGGAAAAGAUUCCUUGGAUCAAGAAGGCCGCAGAGGACCAGAAGAGAUACGAGGUAACUGGCAGCUUCACCAUAAGAGAGCUGAUGGACCGCAGGCCGGGUCAGAAGAAGCCCAAGUUUGACGGAGAACCCAAAAAACCUCCAGUGAGCGGCUAUCAGAUGUUCUCCCAGGAGUUGCUGACCAAUGGGGAGCUUAACCACUUCAGCCUGAAGGAACGAAUGGUUGAGAUUGGCAAGCGUUGGCACACUCUUACAGCCAAUCAGAAGGAUGCUUAUAAGAAGCACGUGGACGCCACGCAGGCGCGGUACCGUGCGCUGCUGGACACCUGGCUCAAGUCUUUAUCCCCUCAGGAUCGCGCCGCCUAUAAGGAGUUCUCCACGUCGAAGCGUCGCAGUACGUCCAAAGCCAGUGGCGGCCCCGCUGCCAAAGUGCCGGCUAAGAGCAAAGCGGUGGCGACUGUUAAGACGGCGCCCCCAGUGACUGGCGCGACCAAGCGAGCGAUGGCGUACCGUGCCAAGCAAGACAUGGUGUCCGACUCGGAUGAUGACAAAAGCGACUCGUCGGAUUCUGAUGACGAUGAUGACGAGGACACGUCCGGGAGUAGCGACAGCGAAGACGACGACGAGCACGACGAUGAAGACGAGGACGAUGACGAACAGACGUCUUCUGAGCAAUCCAGUGACUCGGACUAG